CCGCCGCCGCCGGCAGCUGCUGCGGCGCGGACCCCGCCGCGCUGGGCCGCAGGAGCAAAGCUUUGUAUUUAAAAUGGAAGUUGAUGUGACUGGAGAGUCCAGAACUGCCCUCUCCACCCUCUCUGUGCCUCUUGCAGAGGUGAGUUCUGCAGCCAGGAUGGAAGCAGAAAAGCCACGCUGUUCCAGCACCCCCUGCUCACCAUUGAGGCGGACAGUUGCAGGAUAUCAGAUCCUUCACAUGGAUUCUAACUACCUGGUUGGCUUCACAACUGGAAAGGAACUGCUAAAAUUAGCCCAUAAGUAUAUUGGAAGUGAAGAGAAUAAAGGAGAAUCUGGUCCUAACUUGGGCUCCAAACAUCUUGAUUCAGGACUUUCACGCUCCUCACGUUUGUACAAGACUAGAAGUAAGUACUACCAGCCCUAUGAGAUCCCAGCAGUAAAUGGAAGGAGGAGGAGACGGAUGCCCAGCUCCGGGGAUAAAUACAAUAAAGCUUUACCAUAUGAACCUUACAAAGCACUUCGUGGUCCCCUGCCUCUCUGCCUUUUGAAAGGUAAAAGGGCUCAUUCAAAAUCCCUAGACUACCUCAAUUUAGACAAAAUGAGCAUUAAGGAACCUGCUGACACAGAAGUGCUACAAUACCAGCUCCAACACCUUACUCUUAGAGGGGAUCGUAUGUUUGCAAGGAAUAGCACAUGAGCUAUCAUCUCAAAUUCAGAAAUGGUUUCUGAUCUUUUGUCUCUUGCUGCAGAAAUCCACUGUUGAAGUGUGUACAUGACUGUCCACAUUGUAGGUGGUUUUAUCAGCUCUGUGUUACCAGGAAGUAAUUUAUUUGAAUACAGUCUUGGCAAUGAAGUGUUCUGCAAAUACUUGGAGGGUGAAAUCUUUCCUGAUCCAGCAGCUUCUGAUGCAGAUUUGACUGCAACUAGUGGAUAUUUCUUUGGAUGCAUUUUAACAAAAAAACGCUUUUGAUUUUUGGGAUUUUUUUUCCUGUACUGCUACAUCUAGUGUUUACAGUAAUUCAACACUGAAAAAUUUGUGAUGUCUACUUGGUUGUUGCUAAUUUUGGCUUUAUAUUAGAAACUGCUCUUGGACUAGUACCCAAGGAGGUUCUUUUGGUUUACUUUUUUGUUUCUGUAGUAAAUAUGUGGUUUUCUUACAGCAUGGACAAGAAAGUGAGCUUGACUGGAUGAACCACUUGCUAUUUAAACAAUCCAAUUCAUACAUUUUAAGACUGCACUUGUACUAGUGAUGUGGGUGAGAUUUAUUCAUAAAAUAAAUGUUUGCUACUUGAAUCCUAUUAAAAUUGGUUUUUUAGUUUCUGCAUGGAAGUAAUUGCUUUGUCCUUUUUAUUCUAUAAAACAUGUUCAGAAUAAAUCUUUAACUUAUU